GCUCUGCAUCCGCGUCAAUAUUCGCUCUGCUCCUUGUUAGACAACAGCAGGAGCAUACGCAAGUACUUAAUGUGAUAUUGAGAGGCUGUAGGAUCUCACCGCAAAUCCGUCCCAAAUAUUGGCACAAAACUGUAUCUGUUUCGACAACAUUGAAGUUAUGGAGACUUUGAUAUCCGUGCCGACUUUUGAGAUCUACUGAUCGUAGACUAGUACUAUGGAAUCCUCCAGGGCUAAUUGACGAGCUAGUCUCAACAAUUGCCGCUCUUCAUUGGCUCCCUCUCUCCUCCAACUUGACGACAUCCUACUGCUGUGGGCAGGAGUGUCUGCGUGGAUCUGCUCUCAGUGAGGUACCUGUAGACGUAUAAGCUGCUAGGACAACGUCCGAAAUGCACGAGCGAUGGUAUCAAUGGGCGUUCGGCCCAGCCCCCGACGUCGCACCGACAUUCAUCAAGUCCUACAGCUGUGGCCCAUCCCUGCGUGUACGGCAGGAAUCCUGCAGGAGGCUCUGCUCCACAUACGGAGCCCGAAAUAAACCCAGAGGACAGUGUAGCUGACCCAGACCCAGCAUAUUCUGUCCCAGCACCUGGGACCACACCUGAUCCCAGCACCUCCCAUGCUACUUCAACAUCCACGGGGGCGGCUUCUGCCUCGGCGUGCCCGAGGAUGACGACAGGUGGAACCGCACCUUCGCCGACAGGCACAGCAUCCUCGUGGCAGAGCUGGACUACCGCAAGGCCCCCCACACACACGUUCCCCACCGCCAUCCACGACGUCGAGGCCCUCAUGCUAGCCGUGCACGGGGACGAGAGCGUCCCGCUGGACAUAAAUCGCACAGCCGUGGGCGGAUUCUCGUCCCAGCUGCAACGCAUCCGGGACGCCGUCCUGCCCGCGGCGGUGUGCCAGGUCUACCCGCUGGUCGACCUCGCUACCAAGGCUGAGGAGAAGGGCGCGACGCGGUACUAUAAACCCGAGCUCGGCUCCGGCGUCAGUGCCAGUGCCGCCGACAUACUGUUGCCUGUGUCGCGUUUCUUCGGGUGGGGCUACGUGCCACAUGGGCAGCAUCUUCGGGACCCUCUGCUGUCCCCAAUGUAUGCGCCGCGCGAGCACCUGCCCAAGAAGGUCUUCACCGUCGCGGCGGAGCUCGACCGGCUGGCCCACGAGGCGUGGCGCAUGGCCAGCGUGCUCGCUCACCAGCCGGAGGCAUCUCCUAGUGUCAAGAUUGGCCAGCAAGUCCCCAGAACGCCCGAGGAGCUAAUCCUCGACGAUGAACGCUUCGCCUUUGAGCAUGUCAACGAUAUCAACAGCGAGCGGGUGCGGUGGUUGCUCGUCCCCGAUCAGAUCCACGAGUUCGACUCAAUCAUACACCCGCCCUAGUUGACCGUGCUGACGUGCGUCCGGGGCAAUGCGCCGCCAGGGCCCAGGCCAACACGCCGCCGAUGUCGUGGUCCAACUAUGAAAGUGGGCCCCUUUUAUUUUCCGUUGCCGUGAUCAAUGCCCAGUACAUCGAGGAGCAGGAUCGUCUCCUCUCUCUGCCACCAAUGGCGGAUGUAUCCCAUGGCUGGUUUCGAGGAGCGGUCUGCGCCUUUAUAGUUAGGUAUGUAGUAAUGACAAGGUAUGUUUUGUACGAUAGCAUGGUGUUAACUGCUUUCUCUUUUCUCUUGUACGCAUUGCACGGGUAACUAGUCACAUGAAAGUCCCUCGCCCGUGCCCUGCCAAAUGGCCAUCCCAUAAUACGACAUGGGCC